CAGGGAGCACUCCAGACCAUGGCACCCCGGAGAGCCCGGAAGAGAGUGGAAGGCGGGGCCAGCUCUAAUGUCUUCUCCAUGUUCGACCAGUCGCAGAUCCAGGAGUUUAAGGAGGCCUUCACCAUCAUGGACCAGAACCGGGACGGCUUCAUCGACAAAGAGGACCUGAGAGACACCUUUGCUGCACUGGGCCGCAUCAAUGUCAAGAACGAGGAGCUGGAGGCCAUGGUGAAGGAGGCUCCCGGGCCCAUCAACUUUACCGUCUUCCUGACCAUGUUUGGGGAGAAGCUCAAGGGCACGGACCCGGAGGAGACCAUUCUCCACGCCUUCAAGGUGUUCGACACCGAGGGGAAAGGGUUCGUCAAGGCUGACUUCAUAAAGGAGAGGCUCAUGACCCAGGCAGACCGAUUCAGCGAGGAGGAGGUCAAACAGAUGUUUGCAGCUUUCCCACCAGAUGUAUGUGGCAACCUGGACUACAGGAACCUGUGCUACGUCAUCACGCACGGCGAAGAGAAAGACUAGGAGACAAGGGUCUUCCCUGCAUUCAGAGUCAGUGGGGGCUCCUUUAGCCUGUGGGCACUGGGGAGGCUCCCCCUGACCCACAGGUUGGGGUAAAGCAAGAAUAAAUCACG